CCGCCUGCCGAGCCUGGCUGCAGGCGGAGGAAGGUUCUCGCUGCCUGGGCUCUCGCUAACCGCAUCCCUCUCUCUGCCCGUGUGACCUGGAGCGAGCGUCCAGCACCAGAGCUGGUCAUUUCUGAGAAACACGGGCAGGGAGCGCCCUUGUCAGUCAUCCUCGUGCCAGGCAGGGUAAGUGUUGAAUAAGCACAUAUCAUUAUACAAGCAUGGAUGAAGAGCCUGAGAGAACUAAGCGGUGGGAAGGAGGCUACGAGAGAACCUGGGAAAUUCUUAAAGAAGAUGAAAGUGGAUCACUUAAAGCCACGAUAGAAGACAUUCUCUUCAAGGCAAAGAGGAAAAGAGUGUUUGAGCACCAUGGACAGGUCCGACUUGGAAUGAUGCGCCACCUGUAUGUGGUAGUAGACGGCUCCAGAACAAUGGAGGAUCAAGAUUUAAAGCCCAAUAGGCUGACUUGCACUUUAAAGUUGUUGGAAUACUUUGUAGAAGAAUAUUUUGAUCAAAAUCCUAUUAGUCAGAUUGGAAUAAUUAUAACUAAGAGUAAAAGAGCUGAAAAACUGACUGAACUCUCAGGAAACCCAAGGAAACACAUAGCAUCUUUGAAGAAGGCUGUUGAUACGACCUGCAGUGGAGAACCGUCUCUCUAUAAUUCCUUAAGCAUGGCUAUGCAAACCCUGAAACAUAUGCCUGGACAUACAAGUAGAGAAGUACUAAUCAUCUUUAGCAGCCUGACAACCUGUGAUCCGUCUAAUAUUUAUGAUCUCAUCAAGACCCUGAAGGCAGCUAAAAUCAGAGUGUCUGUUAUUGGAUUGUCUGCAGAGGUUCGAGUUUGCACUGUCCUUGCUCGUGAAACUGGUGGCACAUACCAUGUUAUUUUAGAUGAAACCCAUUACAAAGAGUUGUUAACACAUCAUGUUAGCCCUCCUCCUGCCAGCUCAAGCUCCGAAUGCUCACUCAUUCGUAUGGGAUUUCCUCAGCAUACCAUUGCUUCUUUGUCUGAUCAGGAUGCAAAACCAUCCUUUAGCAUGGCGCAUUUGGAUAAUAGCACUGAGCCAGGACUUACAUUGGGAGGCUAUUUCUGCCCACAGUGUCGGGCAAAGUACUGUGAGCUUCCUGUUGAAUGUAAAAUAUGUGGUCUUACUUUGGUGUCUGCUCCUCACUUGGCACGAUCUUACCAUCAUUUAUUUCCUUUGGAUGCUUUUCAAGAAAUUUCCCUAGAAGAACAUAAUGGAGAAAGGUUUUGUUAUGGAUGUCAGGGGGAAUUGAAAGACCAACAUGUCUAUGUUUGCACAGUGUGCCAAAACGUUUUCUGUGUGGAUUGUGAUGUUUUUGUUCAUGACUCUCUCCAUUGUUGUCCUGGCUGUAUUCAUAAGAUCCCAACUCCUGCAGGUAUUUGAUUCCAACAUGUAGGACACACACUGAGUGGGUUAAGAAAGCUUGUAACUUAAAUAAAAUGAUUCUUUGAAUAAAUCGAUUCUCUAAUUAAAACAUGAAAACACUUUGAAAGAAGAAUCUGACUUCAGAAACUUUUCUAUGAAAGAAUAUUUUUAUUUAUAUUCUAUCAAAAAUAUGCAUAUAAAUUCAAUUAAUUUUGUUUUAUUUUGAGUCAUAGUUUCAGUUUAACUCAGUAAUUAUAUUAAUUACAGUGACUAAAUUGAUGUCAUAGCCUCAAUUUUUGUUUUUAGAUUUUUAUUUAAAUGCUUAUGUAAGUGUAUACAUGAGUUUAUGUUCAUCAUAAUGUGUGUAGAUGCCCACAGGGGUCAGAAGAAGGGUCAGAUCUCCUGGAACUGGAGUUAAAAGGCAUCUGUAAACUGCCCAGUGUGGGUACUGGGAACCGAACCCAGGUCCUGUGCAAGAGCAGCAAGUGCUUUAAUCACUGAGCCAUUUCUCCAGCUCCAGAGGAUGUUCUUUAAGAAAAAAAAAAGCAUGCACACACACACACACACACACACACACACACACACACACACACACGUGUUCAGAGUCAUUCCAAAUGUACCAAGGUAAUUAAUGUUUCAGGAUUCCUAUUCAUUGAGACUAGACUCAGAGGUUCUUUUUUUUUAAAUUUAUUUUGUUUUAUGUUAUAUUGUUUUAUAUUGGGUUUUGCCUGUAUAUAUAUAUGUCUGAGUGAGGGUAUCAGAAGCCCUGGAACUGGAGUUACAGACAGGUGUGAACUUCCAUGUGGGUGCUGGGAAUUUGUGGUGGUUUGAAAGAAAAUGGCCCCCAAAGGGAGUGGCACUAUUAGGAGGUAUGGCCUUGUUUGAGUAGGUGUGGCCUUGUUUGAGUAGGUGUGGCCUUGUUUGAGUAGGUGUGGCCUUGUUAGAGGAAGUGUGUCACUGUGGAGGUGGGCUUUGAGGUCUCAUAUAUGCUUGAGUCAUUUCCAGUGAGAUAGUUCACUUCCUGUUGCCUUUGGAUCAAGAUGUAAGGACUCUGAGUUCCAGCACAAUGUCUGCCUGUGUACUGCCACCCCCCCAUGAUGAUAAUGGACUAAACCUCUGAACUGUAAGCCAGCCCCAAUUAAAUGUUUUCUUUAUAAGCGUUA